CGCUCUCGAAACUGCCGUUCGCCGGCAUUCGUGCGCCGCGACUGCUCACGAUGAGCUUCUGGUCCAAGGUCCGCACUGUCGCAUGGGGCACCCCGCCGGCGACCAAGGCCGAGGCCAGGCUGCUCGUCAAGAUCGACUGGUUCAUCCUGUCGUUCAUCUGCCUCAUGUACUUCUCCAACUACCUCGACCGGGCAAACCUGUCGGCAGCGUUCGUCAGCGGCAUGAAGGAGACGCUCGACAUGAAGGGCAACGACCUCAACCGCGUCAACACGUGCUUCACGGUCGGCUACACCAUCGCCAUGAUCCCCCAGAACCUGCUUAUACAGUUCGUCUCGGCGCGCAUUGUCUUUCCCGCCAUGACCGUCACCUGGGGCUGCCUCACGAUGGCGACGGCGGCGGCGCAGAGCACGAGUCACCUCUGCGUCAUCCGCUUCUUCCAGGGCAUGGCCGAGGCGAGCACAUUCGUCGGCGCUCACUACAUCAUGGGCUCGUGGUACCUGCCCGGCGAGGUCUGCAAGCGCGCCGCCAUCUUCAGUAGCGCCGCCCAGAUCGCCACCCUCUUCUCGGGCGUCAUGCAGGCGCGCAUCUACACGUCGAUGAACGGGCUCCACGGGCUUGAGGGCUUCCGGUGGCUCUUCCUCAUCUGCGGCGCGAUCACCGUCCCGAUCGGCGUCUACGGCUACCUCUUCUUCCCCGACACGCCCGUGCGCAACCGCUCCAUCGUCUUUAGCCAGGUCGAGCGCGACCUCGCCGUCUCUCGCCUGCCGCCAGAGCCCAAGACGAGGCUCGACCGCACCGCCUUCCGCCGAGUGCUCCUCAACUGGCGGUGGUGGGUCAUGUCGCUCAUCUGGAUCGUCGGCGGCGAGCUCGAGAGCAUCGGGUCCAACGCCCUCAUGGCGCUCUGGAUGAAGCACCAAGUCGCCGUUGGCGCCGAGACGUGGAGCGUGCCCAACAUCAACUACUUUCCGCAGGGCGCGACAGCCGUCUCGGUCGUGGCCCUCCUCGGCACCGCCGUGUGGACUGACUGGAACGGCAAGCGGCACUAUGUCAACCUGCUCAUUGCCGGCGUCAUGGUCGUCUCGGCCGUCCUCAUCCUCGUGCAGGACAAGAUCGGUCAAGCAGGCGUCUUCUUCGCGUUCUACAUCGCCGGCGUCUCGUACGCAGGUCAAGCGUCCAACUUUGCCUGGGCCAACGACCUGUGCCGUCACGACAACGAAGAGCGCGCCAUCGUCCUCGCGAGCAUGAACAUGUGGAGCAACGCGUUCAACGCCUGGUGGUCCAUCCUCUUCUUCCCUGCCGACCACGCGCCGAAAUGGGAGCGCGGCAUGAUCUCGAUCAUUGUCCUGUGCCCCAUCUUGGUCGUCUUGACGUCCCUCGCGCGGUACCUCCAGCUGCGGGACGAGCGCCUCGGGCUCGGCGGCGCCGCUGCCGGUCCGGCUCUUCGCGGCGGCGCGGCGUCGGCUCUCGGCGCCGAGCUCGACCAGAGCGACAAAGCGUGCGACGAGGAGGACGAGGACAAGGUAUCCCGGUCGAGCGAGGGCGUCGAGAAGGAGCGAGACGACGGCCGAGGGGGACGAGCGUCGGCUUGAGCAGGCUCGUGCGGGCGGUGGACCGUGGUGUACUAGAUCUGGACCCUCUCGGGUAGAGCUUUCCCUUGCAGUCGAGAGGCGUCUCGUGC